AUGAGCUCAGCCGUAAUGACCACUGCGUUAGAAGCCAAAUUUACGCAAGACUCCCGACUUCGGCACAUGCUGUUUUUGACCCAUGGUUCCCGUCUCGUCGAAUGUUCGCCUUUCGAUUCUCUUUGGGGAAUAGGUCUCUCGAUCGACAGUCCGGAUGCAGUCAAUCCUUCUAAAUGGCGCGGGAAAAAUCGCCUCGGCAGCCUGAUGGACGCCGUGCGUGAGAAGUUAUGGGCUAAUGAGGAGUACCGAACCCAGCGUGAAGAAGUUGAAUCGCAAAUGAAUUUGUUUCCUGGCUACGCAGAUCUCUACUUUUCUUCAAAUAUAUCUAGAAAUCGACACAGCAUUGGUGUUGCCGCUGAAGAGAAAGGCGAAGCAACUGCGGAUGAUAAACGACGCCGAAGUUCUGGCGAAACAAGUCGCGCGAAGCGACGUGCUCAAGCUGAAGAGGAACUCAUAAAGGCAGUUUGCGUGGAGAAGCGAAGGCGAAGCGAACAUGAAAGU